UGAUUUUAUAAUGCUCCAGGUGGUUUUCAUUUUGUUACUAGAAUUAGUAAUUAAUUGAUUAUAAUGAAGAUUUUUAGCUCCUUUAAUAACAAUUGUCAUUGCUGUGUUUCAAUCUGUCCUGAUAUACCAGAAUCCCCUGAAUAUGUGAAUGGUGUUGAAAGCAAGAAGCCGCUGCAGCACAUAUAGACAUAGAGCAGGUAUCCCUGUGAUUUAAAUAAAAAAAAGAAUUAAAUUUAAAUCGAUGAGUGUAUAUUAACAGAGAUUUUAAACAUAACUGACAAAAUCAGCAAGGGGAUUCUGGUAUAUCAGGACCGAUUGAAACGCAGCAUAUCUGUGCCCCACGUGUUUGUAUGUAAUACAUGUGUGUUUGUCUCUGUUUUCUGUGUUCUACUACUGUUCAGUGUUGAGAUAACACCUCAACUCACUGACUUACAUCACAAUAAUGAUGGAUAUUAUAUUUGUAACUGGCGAGGGGCUAACCUCAUAACAUAUCACAGAACUUAGUAGAAGGAGUGACUCCAGACUUCAUAAAGAAACAGGGAUGUAUAAGUCUUCAAGACAAUUCCAAGUGACAUAAUCAGAACUUCAGUUAUUUAUAUAGACACUCAUUGAUAUAGUGACAGGCUACAGGCUGGAUGGUGAGGGUUUGAUUCCUGGCAGGAGGAAGAUAUUUUUCUCACCCUUGGUUUUGAGAUGAGGUCAAGGAAAUGGUGGAGAUUUAUCUCUACUGCCCCAUACAUCUUCAUGGCAUGAUACUUUAUUAAUUAAUAACAUGAGCAACUUCAUCUUUACUUUAUAACAAUACCAGAAGAAUGUAAACAAAAAAUUCUUCAUUGUGCGAUUUUCUUCAUUUCCUGCUGACAUUCAUCUCCAGUAAACUACAAUAUUUUUUGCAGCUGUAGUGAUGCAUUUAUACUCCACAGAAACAAUGACAACUAUGGACAAGAAGGAUGUGGACCUGAGAAACAGCAACAUCCUGGAACUAUUUCAGGGUGCUCAGGUCCUUCUCACAGGAGCAACAGGAUUCAUGGGUCAGGUGCUGAUGGAGAAACUUCUCCGCACCUGUCAAAUAGACAAACUCUACAUAAUCAUCAGACCUAAGAAGGGAAUGACAGAAAAGGAACGCCUUAAGAAAAUAUUUGAUAGCAGUCUGUAUGAACGACUACAGCGGGAACAACCAAACUGCAUCAGCAAAGUUGUUCUUGUCACAGGUGACAAUGAACAACGAGGACUUGGACUGAGCAAAGAGGACCAUGCUCUGUUAGUCCAUCAGGUUAACAUAAUAUUCCAUGUUGCAGCAACAGUUCGUUUUGAUGAAAAACUUACAACAGCUGUUGCCAUCAACAUUCUAGGAACUAAGGACAUGCUAGAUCUAGCAAGAGAAAUGCCACAUUUGAAGGUGAGCUACCACACUUACAAUUCUGAGGUCUAUCCAGCUCCCCUUUUUUUACAAAAAAUCAAAUUUAAUAUACAGAUUCAAUCAAUGCAUUUAUUAAUUCUAAUUCAAAACUUGUUUGUUUUCAGUGUGCUAGGUGACUGGCCAAACACAUAUUCUUUCACAAAGGCACUUGCAGAAGAUUUGAUCAGAGACGAGGCCAGAGGUCUUCCAAUUGGCAUAUUACGACCUUCUAUAGUUGUGAACACUGCAAGUGAACCUGUAGUGGCUUGGAUCAACAAUGUGUAUGGUGCAGCAGGAGUAGUGACAAUUACAGUAAUGGGACUUCUCAAGUCUAUGUACUGUGACAAAGACAAUGCAGCAGACAUUGUUCCAGUUGAUAUGGCCAUCAACGCUGCAUUAGCUAUUGCUUGGGAAGUGGCACAGCACACGUCUGAUAACAAACCAGUGCAAUAUCUGAAUACUGAAAUGAAAACUACAAGUAAGAAUGAAGAUAUAAUUCCUAUAUACAAUUACGUAUCAUCGACACAGAAUCCUAUUACGUGGGGCGAGUUUAUGAAAUUGAACGAGUAUGGACUUAACUACCCAUCUUUGAAAUAUAUAUGGUAUUAUUUCUUCAUUCUCAACAAGCACAGGUUCAUCCAUAAUAUCUACAUCGUAUUUUUGCAACUCUUGCCAGCUCUAAUCACAGACGCUGGAGCUAAGAUCAUGGGCAAACAACCAAUAAUGUUGAAGGCAUACCAGAAGAUUUUCAGGUUCACUGACGUUAUUGCAUACUUCAGCACUAAGCAGUGGAACUUUCAUAAUAACAACGUCCAGAAUCUCUGGAAAAGGAUGAGUCCUCAAGACAAGAUUCUAUUUAAAUUUGACAUGGCUUUGCUAGACUGGGAAGUGUACCUUUCCAGUAUGAUUAAAGGAAUACGGCUUUACUUCUUAAAUGAACCUUUUGAAAGUAUUGAAAAGGCAAAGACUCGAUACCAAAGACUGAAGUAUCUGCAUUACACAAUAUUUUACUCAGUUCAACUGAUUUUACUGUAUGUGGCUUACAAGAUAGUACUUCACUAUUGGAUCACCUUCAAGGAUGUUUUAUUAGAAAUACUACAGUACUGUUACUGAAAUAUUCCAAUAUGGAUAAAUAACAUGAGAUGUAUUUAAUUAAACUGCCUGAAGAUGGUCCCUAAUGCGGACCCAAACAUGUAGCAGUUAUUAAACAAAACCAAUGUAAACAAUUUAAUUAGUUCAUUUUCAUUGUUGUGUUGACAGCUAGAACACCAUAAAUAUUGAUACACAACAGGACGCGAACAGUAAAGGUAUAUAUUUCAAUAGAAAUGAUAUAUGAACUAACAGUCUCCUUAUAUAAUUUUUUAAAGACUUUUUCAUUAAGAAAGUUUAGAUUGAAUGAUCAGCUCAGUUUGCCAUUGGAAGGUAUAACAUUCUGUUUAUCAUGGAAUAGUAAAACCUUUGUUACAGUUCUCAUAUGUAACUGUUUUGUGGUUGUUACUAUGUCAUCUUACAUGCCAUAUUUUAAGAAAAUGGUCAAAGACAAGGGUUACUUACCCACUUCACUUGAGCCAUGGGUGAAUAAAGUACACCAUAUUAAAUGUUAAAUAAAUAAAUUUGUAAUGUACUGACAAAUAUGGAAGUAAAUAGAAUAAUGUUCAUAUUGUCUAUAUUGUAAUGCAUAUUAUGGGAAUGUAACCUAUUUAUUUCUUAAGUUUCUUAUGGUAAAAAUGGAUCUGCUUAAAAUCAUUUCAUAUGAAGUCAUGGUUUGUAAAAAUAUAUCCAUGAUGUUAAAUGAGGAUCUACUGUAAUACUGUUACAAAUUUUAUGCACAAUUCUUAUAUCUUAAUUUUAAGUCCUGUACUAUACCAAAUAGUCACAUAAGCUAAUAUCUAUACUGCUUAUUUCUUAUUUGUUGUUUAUU